GUCGCUCGUCUCGGUGGAGGAGCUCACCGCCGGUUCCGAGGAUUACUCGCACCUGCUCGAUGCAGCAGCGCGCGCCACGGCUACAGAGCGGAAAGGGAGCAAGAAGCAGGCGGCAACUCGUCGCGCGAGUGAGCGGUGGAAGGAUCCAGGCUACAGUGGGCUUCCAAGUGUCAACGGGGAAAUCCGUGCCAAAUCCGAGAAUAUUCUCGGCCGCGCCGAGUCCGAUAGCUUUCCGGGCCAGUUUAGUUUCGACUUCCUGAAUUCCUACGCGCGUUUUGAGCCUGGCGGCCUCUACAGCAUCGACUGCGCUCUCGGUGUCAUCUUGAAGAAGCGCAGCUUCGUUGGGACAAGGGAGUACUCAGAUGAAGACUACUGGGAUGGCCUGCUGCCGGAAGAUGACGAAAACGUGGAGCUGACUUCAAGAUUCGGCGACAGGAGCAGCAGCGUGAACUUGGUUAAGGCUGGAGAGCCUAGAAGAAGAUGUAGUGGAAGGUGUAGAUGGGCGGCUUCGAUAAGUAAAUCUACUCUCUGGUAGGUUGGUAUUGGUAAAGCUCUCCUGCGCAGGUUCUUCUCUACAGAAUGCUUGCGUGCGUGGUAAUCCGCACGUGGAAGCAAUAGCAUGAAAAUCAUCUAAUAUUUGGUAGAAUUUGGUGCUUUUCAAAUGAAAAAGAAGGCGUUGAGGAACAGGAUGUGCCUCAAUAUGGAUACAAAAGGAUGUGAGAUAAUGGUUGGACAGAUAAAACAAUAGAUGAAUGAAGAAAAAGAUUGUGACAGACUCUUCUAACCUGAACAGCCGAGGCGAACACGCGGUGAACGCGGCCGGGCCGCCGAUGCGCAGUCUGUUCAAGGUGCGCGGGGACCAGUACGUUUUUUUGCCCCUCGAACGCGCCUCGCGUGUUUUUGAGAUGCCGCUACCUGAGUUCGUGGCAGAACCAAAAUUUUCCGAGAGCUACCCGGUCGGUUCGCAGAUCGGGGUGAUCCUCUCAGCAAGGAGCCGGACGAAGAUGAAGACGGACUAUGAGGAUGUCGAGUACAUCGAAGGCUCCGAGACCGCAGGUGUGUGUGAUUACGACUUCUAAGUAAUCUUGUUAACAUCUCUUUGACCGUUGACUGGCUCCAUCUUUAGAUUUAUAGUUGACCAGGUCAGACGAGGGGUCAUGACGCAACACCCAGCGCGUUUUCAAAAAGAGUGUGCGCGACCACAGUAGCCGGUCAGACUGUGUUGAAACUCAACAUCUCCACAAUUUUGAAAGUGUAGAGCUCUAAAGGGAGGUGCGGAAGGUGCUUCAACAAAGUUGGCUGCGGCGGGUGUUUUUGCUGGAGUACAGCAUAGCGUCUCGCGUGAUGACGGUUAAGGGAGGAGAAUCGGCGUACGGCGAUAUUGGCGUCCAGUACAGUGCGGUUUGCUGGCCUCUCACGCCUAACGGCCAGCGUGGACAAGCUAGGACGGUUUUCGUUGAAAUUUCUUUUAAUUUCGGGCUUGCCACUUCAAAGUCCCGAGUGUGGGUGGGCUUCCUUGGGAUUAUUUUCUGUACGCUCUUCUGCUUUGUCGCUCACAGGUGGUACUUUCAUGUGCACAGGGUUUCUCUUCGGGACGCAAGCAAAAGCAAGCUUUUUGGUCGAAGACAGCGCCAGCAGCGGACGAGGCUUCAGGUGGCUUACUUUAUGGAACUGAGUCUCUAUCCGAACGGUACUCAUACGCUCGACUUUUCACAGGUCGCCUAUCAUCCUGGGACUCGAGUAGGUGCCGGGAGUGCUCGACGUGCAGGAUCCACAAUCUAACCUGACCUACUCACACAUGAGAUGAUAGUCCUCCGUGAUGUUCCUGUCUACUUCUGAGCAUGUCUACUUCUGAGUACUGCUACUUUCCAUCGAUCUUGUUGUCACUGUAGUACAAAUAUCACACAAGUAAUAACUAGGCCUGAGCUGCCCUCGCGAUGAUGUCCUCUAAUGAGCUCUUCGGGAUUAGCAUCACUUUUUGCAUUAGUUGUUUGUUUAUCUACCUCGCACUCACGGCGCUUGAGGCCAAUUCAGAUGACGGAUUCCUCUUGCUGAUAAUUUUUCUGGUAGGCGGGCCUAUUUUGGGAGGGUUCUUGGUUCCGAAUCUGAUGCGGACUUACAGCAUCGGAGUCGUUGGGCGGGAGUUGGAGUUGCUGCGACAAGCAAUCGAUAACGACGAAAUGAAGCAGAAGAUUCGACAGAUGCAUGCCAGACUCGUUCAUCUUAAGGCCCAUCUUCCGCGUACUUGAUACCAACAAGGUCUGAACACUUUUGGCGUUUACUCAUUUUACACAUCUUAGUAAUCGUUAAAUCUUCAUAUGACCCCGCAGCGGAGGACGAUGCGUUCAGAAUCAACGAAGAGUCGCCAUGAUCAUCUGCUAGCACCUGGGUGAGCAUACAUUGUCAACAUGGAAAUGGUAUUGUGUUUCAUAAGCCAACGCAUACUAGAAGGUGUAAGUGUAUAGAGCGAGGGAAUUGUUCAAGUCCUUGUUGAAAACACUAUUUCUAAUAAUCGCUAUUACCAAUUGGUAUGCCCUGGGAUGUCACUCCGCGGCGGGCUCAUUCUGCCAUCUGUGAAUAUUGAUCAGCGAAGUGGUGUUCCUCUUAACAGUUCCUCAUCCCCGCAGCAGUCGUCUUCCCAAGGCGGCACGUCAGGAGGCUCGGGUGGAGAUGGUGCUGCUAAUUCAACUUAUGGUCUAGGCAUCCUGGCUGCUGGAAUGAUUGCGACAUUUCUUCAAUUUUUUUUGUGUAGUUGCAAAGUCUUUUAGUGCACGUGUCUAGGAGUAAAGAUUCCGCGAAGGCCCCAGGGCUCAUGGAAUAUCAAGUUUUGACUUUUCCUGAGUGUGAGUGAUCAAAAUGAGUAAUUGUCCGUCAAAAAGUUGAAGCCAGAUUACAAGUAGCUGACUUUGUGAUAUGACUAGUUGCAACGACGAUAGGCUACGUGACCUCAUUACAAUUCUAAACCAUCGUGGGAUCGGCUGCUAACGCCAUGCAGCGGCGACGGGAAAGCGUCGUGACAGCACGCCGUUAUAAUCGCGGACGAGCGGUGGGGCCGACCGUGUCUCAGGUGAACGCGGCGCUACGAGAGUUGAAUCGCGGUUUUGAGAAAUUGAAAGAGAUUGCGCGAUCAGAGAGCGAUAGGCUCAAGCGUCUGCUUGAGGUUAGUUACGAUAAUUACGCGCGUUCUGCGGAAUGGGAUUUCGUGGUAGGCAUCCUUACGAACCGAGCAAACAAUACUAUUUGACAAAAUAAUGGCCAGUAUCUACUUAUUUGUUCAGAAAGGUCCUCCUUUUGCAAGCUCUUUUACUAGUGCUGCUACAUCAUGUUUCAUCUUUGCGAUUGAUUCCAGGUCACGGCACCUUUGACAUUUUCCUGCCACGUCAGACCGUAUCCCCCUUGGAGUCCUGCUAGGCAACUGAACAUGCGAGUUGUGUUCUCAUUCAUCUUGGCGAACUACACCGACCCUCAAAACCCAGCUGCGGCUCAGCCGCGUGGGCCACUGUGGUGGCGACCUGGCCGCCACGCGCGUUAUUCAGAGUGGGUGGACCGCUUCGACGCCAUGACACAUGGAGCAGACUCGGGCUACUCUGCUCGACUCACCUGGUACAAGCAGCAGGCUGCAUGGGCCAUGGCUUACUUCAAGACAAAACUCGUCCUUGCCGUAGAAAAUUAUGGAACGUUGACCAAAGAGAAAGAUGAAAGGUAGUUAUUCCACAAGGUACUUCGAAUUCAGGAGGACAUGUAAUUUCACAUUGUAAUGUUGCUCGUUGUUGGACGUUUUUGAUAACGAUUGCAGUUGUCUUUAUUUCCUGACGUCGUUAGUCACUUGUUGGUUGUUGUACUGACUGACACCCGGACUUCUAAGAAAAGUUUGCGGAUGCAGGAAGCGGGAAACGUUUGCGAAUGUCGGCCUCUUUCUGUCAGUCGGCUUGGAACUCACGAUUUGCGAUCUCCGGGGACUUUUUGCUUAAGGCCAAAUUUGUUUUCCCGGCUUCAUCGUCUAGUCGACGUUUGACUGAAGUUGAAAUUCUUGUUAAUUUUGGUAUGGGACAUCAAAUAGUGUCGUGACUGGGAAGUGUGCUUUCCCUCGAUCGCGGUACUUGCUGUAGACUAUUUUCCUUCAUGUCAAGCGACCUCUUUACGCCAUGAGUCGCCUUUUUUGUUCUUUCAUCGUAUCGUCUCUGCCAUUCGACGAUGGCUUGAACGGAUUUGGAGCUGAAACAGUUUCUAGCGCGGUCCGCGAAAUGUCGACGCACUAUACGUCAGUCGCGGCCCUAGGGAUCGGGCCACCCAAGGAUGCAGCGCGAGCGGGCGCAAAAAUUGAUGAAAUUCAAGCCGAGGACUACGCUAAGUGCGCGGACAAGGACUGGUGUCCAGAACGAUACAUGUCGGAUUACCUGCGCGGU